CCCCUUGCCCCUCGUCGCCCUCCGCGCGGGGCAGUCUGGGAGUCGGCCGCGCCGCGCCGCGUCCACGAGGAGGGGACCCGAACCCCGACAGAGCGCGAUGGCGAGGGGCGGGGCUCCCCUCGCGCUGCCCCUGCUGCUGCCGCUCUUGCCUCUGGUGGGCGCGGGCGCCCCCUGGGGGAUCGGCGCCUGGCACUGCAGCUUCUCGGCCUCCUGCGAGUGCGACUUCCGGCCGGACUUGAGCGGCCUGGACUGUGACCUGGCGCUCAACCUUUUCGGGCAGCCCUUGGCGAGGCAACUGAUCAUGGAAGGGCUGAAGCCGUUUGUCCAGGACGGCGACCCCGCGAAGCCUCUGGUGAUGUCCUUUCACGGCUGGACCGGGACAGGCAAGACCUACGUCAGCUCCCUGGUGGUUCGCUACCUCUUCCGGAACGGACUCCGUAGCCCAUACGUCCACCGUUUCUCCCCGGUGGUUCAUUUCCCUCACCUGGAACAACUUGAGAAAUACAAGGCUGACUUGAAAAACUGGAUCCAGGGAAAUCUGACCGACUGCAGCCGAUCGGUUUUCCUCUUCGACGAGAUGGACAAGAUGCACCCGGGCUUGAUCGAUGUGAUUAUUCCGUUCUUAGGACCUUCCUGGGUGGUGUUUGGGACGAACUACAGGAAAGCCAUCUUCAUUUUUAUUAGCAACGCUGGCGGGGAGCAGAUUAACCAGAUCGCGCUGGACUUUUGGCGGGCCCGCAAAGACCGGGAGGAGAUCAGCCUGAAGGACCUCGAAACCUCCGUUUUGGAAGCUGUCUUUCAGACCCCCCAAAGUGGGUUCUGGAAGUCGGGCAUCAUCGAGCAGGGCCUGGUUGACGUCCUCGUGCCAUUUCUGCCUCUGAAGCCGCACCACGUGCGGCAGUGUGCCGCCAAAGAGCUUGCAAGCCAAGGCCUGCGGCCGCAUCCGGAAGCGAUCCAGGCCAUCGCUGACGGCAUCUCCUACUUCCCGGAGGAGGAGAAAGUGUUCUCCUCCACGGGCUGCAAAACGGUGGCAUCUCGCGUCCCCUUCUACCUCUGAACCUCCGUGUGGGAUUCCUCGCCUUCCCUGGCCUGGAAACUCAUUUUUCGGGUUGGCCACACAAAACAAGGAGGGUGUCCGGGGGAGUUGAAACGUCGCUGUCCUGAUUUGCUUUGUGGACCAAGGAAGAAACUUCUCUGCACUUUCUCUAGAGUUUAUACUUCGCCUUUUAAGGCGACGUGGACUCUUUAGGACUCUGAAGAAGAGGCCACCGUGAACUAGAAGGAAAUCUUGGCUGGUUUUAUCUCACAGUUUAAUAGACUUUGUCCUCUGAGGUGGCCGUUGUCACAUUCAAAGUUCUCAGCACGGCACAAGCGGAAGAAUAUCCUGAUGUCUUGAAUUAACUCGGGUUAUCUCGGUUUCGAUACUGUGAUUUUGCUGGACGCUGCAGUCCUCCUUGGGACAUCUUAGAGCAGAAGAGCUGGACUCGGUAAUGCGGAUUUAACCUGAAGCACACCAGGUUUGCUUCCUCUUGAGAUCAGGUGCUACUAGAAAAUGUUUCAAGGGCUGUUUCCCUCUCACUUAAACCCAGGCUUUCCUCCGGCUAUUCCUGGCAGGUUGAGAGACACACACACAUUUUUCCACUGUCCCUCUUUUAUUGGACCAGAAAACAGGGCUUUAUUUAUAAGAUUUGCAAAUGUGAAGUGCCUCAGAAGGCCACCGGCUCAUGACGGUGUUGAUGUUUUCCUGUGCUGUUCUCACUUUAACGUUGACACAGAACGCACGAAGGAAGUUCUUUGUACACACACGUGUUGGUGGUUUUAAGCAAGAGAAAUUUGAUUGUUUUGUAAAGGCUCCUGGAAACCAGUUACGAAGAUGUGGUUGGACUGGCAAAUUUGGAUUCGCUGGUUCUAAACGCUGCAGUUUUCACAGACCCAAACAAACUCAGUAGGCGUGUGCUGCAGUUUUUAUUCAAACUAAAAUAAAUGUUUGCAAUAUGU